AUCAGUGGUUUUAAUUUUUAAAGUAGGUAUCUAUUUCCAGAUAUUCGGAAACCAUGGUGCACAUGUUGAAAGGCAGUAUAGGUGCCGGCAUCCUGGCGAUGCCCGAUGGCUUCAGACGCAUGGGCCUUAUUGCAGGCGUCAUCGGUCUAAUCUUAAUUGGCGUAUUUGCUACAUAUUGCAUUCAUAUGCUCAUCGCAGCGCAAUACAUUUUAUGUAAACGGGCUAAGAAAGGUUACAUGUCGUAUUCGCGGUCUAUAAGGACCGCGACAGAGUCGGGUCCGGUUUCUUGCCGAUGGUUGUCCAGAUUCUUGGGCAAGUUUGUCAAUGCUGUCCUAAUCGUGUGGCAACUUGGACUAUGUUGCGUCUACAGCGUGUUUGUGGCGGAAAACGUGAAACAGGUUUGCGAUUACUAUGGAUUUGAAUAUUCAAUUAGACUACAUAUAUUAAUGGGAUUGAUUCCACUUCUUAUCCUAAACAUGAUGAAGAGUCUUAAAGUGCUAUCUCCGAUAUCAUUUAUAUCAAAUAUAAUAACAAUUUUCGGCCUCAUUCUCGUGUUCUACUACUUGAUGGAGGAUGACCUGGAAGUCGACAAGGAAAUGUUUCGACCAAAGAGUCUGCUCGAUUUCCCCGUUUUUGUGGGUAUGACGCUGUUUGCCCUCGAGGCGGUCGGAGUGAUUUUAGCAUUAGAAUAUAAUAUGGAAGAACCCAAGAAGUUUGUGGGAUGUUUCGGCCUUUUUAAUAUUGGCAUGGCAAUAAUACUAAUUUUAUAUAUUAUAGUCGGAAUAUUUGGCUAUAUGAAAUACGGUAAUGAGAUAGAAGCCUCUCUCACACUUAACUUACCACGACAUGAAAAAAAAGCACAAGUGGCUAAAUUAAUGUUAGCAUUAGCUAUAGGACUAUCACACCCGUUGCAAAACUUUGUAGCAUAUAUUCUGAUUUGGAAUUCAUGUAAGAAGAAAUAUCAAGGCCCAAAAGCCCGCCUGCUCGACUACUCUUUGCGUGUGAUACUCGUCAUAAUACCUGUUGCAAUGGCAGUAGCGGUUCCGGAGCUCGGGCCCGUCAUCUCGCUGGUGGGCGCGCUGUGCCUGUCGCUGCUGGCCAUCGUGUUCCCCGCCCUGAUCGAUCUCUGCCUCUGGUACCCAGACAAUUAUGGACUACUCAAGUACAAGCUUAUUCGUGACAUUGUAAUCAUGUUACUCGGGUUUUUUGGCUUGGUGUCCGGAGUGUAUACUAGUAUAUUAGAAAUCACUCAUUAA